UCACCUUGGCAACCGGUUUGACGCAACGGAAAUGAUGUCAUAUCAUAGUAACGACGCCCACCGCCCAGCCUUUAUUAGAUAUUGAUUCAAGACACUUUAACUUCGUACCACCACGACGCCAGCUCAUCAAGAAUGAGUUUCUUCAAAAAGAUUAUCGACAAAAUUCCAGAUGGCAUAGAGCAUGCCAGGCAGGAAGCCGUAGGAAUCUUGCGUCCUAAUCGCCGCCACGAUGAUCCCGAAGAGAAAAAGGCUGACGAGAUUAGGCAGGCUAUCAACGACAGCCACCGCUUUUCCAGUUUCGCAGAGGAGAGGGCAGGCAAUUUUGUGAAAUGGCACAUUGAUGGGCACGAUUACAUGUGGGCGCUCUCUGAGCUGCUUGAGAACGCCAAAGAGGCGAUAUUCAUCUUGGAUUGGUGGCUCACCCCAGAACUUUACCUUCGCCGUCCCCCUGCAGACUAUCCUGAAUAUCGUCUUGAUCGCUUGCUGAAGCGCAAGGCAGAGCAAGGCGUCAAGAUCUAUGUCAUCGUAUACAAGGAGGUCACGCAGACGAUGGCUAUGAGCUCCUGGCACACUAAGCAUACCCUCGAUGAUCUUCACCCCAACAUCACCUGCCUGCGCCACCCAGAUCACAUCGGUUCCAAGGAUAGCGUCCAGUUCUGGUCCCACCACGAGAAGGUCGUUGUGGUUGACAAUCAUUUUGCGUGCAUCGGCGGUCUUGAUUUGUGCUUCGGACGGUGGGACACGCAUAACCACCCUCUCGCAGAUGUGCACCCGACGGAUUUCAGUCGGACCCUGUUCCCUGGUCAGGAUUACAAUAAUGCGCGCAUCAUGGAUUUCAAAGACGUGAGAUGGUAUGCAAGUAACACGCUUUCCAUCUUGGAGAGCGCGAGGAUGCCUUGGCAUGAUGUCCAUAUGUCCUUGACCGGACCCGUGGUACUGGAUAUCGUUCAGCACUUCGUCGAGAGGUGGAAUGAAAUCAAGAAGCGCAAGUAUCGUGAGAAUCAGGAGGUCGACUGGCUGUCCUUGCCCCACGACGUCGAAGCGGCUCCCAAUGAAGCUGUUGCCCGCCACCCUCACCGUGAGCAUUGGGCGGCGGUGGGACGCAAGUACCGUCAGAGAUGGCAUCGCCACGUGCACGGUGAUGAGGAAGAAGACGAAGACGAACCAGAAUACAGGAGGCCAGCCACACCGUCGUGCCGAGUCCAGGUUAUACGCAGUGUCUCAGACUGGAGCCAUGGUGUUUUGACAGAGCACAGUAUCCAAAAUGCCUACAUCCAGUUGAUCCUCGAGGCGAAUCACUUCAUCUACGUCGAGAAUCAAUUCUUUAUUUCUGCUACUCAAGAAGGUGGUCAGGUUGUUAAUCUCAUCGGGAAGGCUCUGGUCGAGCGUAUCGUCAGAGCGGCGCAAGAGGGAAAGAGGUUCCGAGUAAUUAUCUGUAUCCCAGAACUUCCAGGAUUCGCGGGCAAUGUCAAGGACGAGUCUUCGCUGAAGAUCAUUAUGGCCGGCCAAUACCGCACUAUGAAUCGCGGCGGUAGCAGCAUCUAUGAGGAGAUAAGGAAGGCUGGAUAUGAACCCUCGGAUUACAUUCGGUUCUUCCACUUGAGGUCAUAUGAUAGAAUCAACUCGCCCGCUGCGUAUAUCGCCAAAAUGGAGGAAAUUUCGGGCGUCAAAUUCCAUGAGGCACAGGUUGCACUUGCGCGUAUAUGGAUUGGCGACGUUUCAGAAGGGAUACAAAAAGAGGUCACCAUUGCGUUGCCUAAGCCUACAACAGAAGGGUUAGUCGUCACGGAGAAGUCGUCGGAUAAGAAGAAAGACGAUACUAUUAUCAAGGUUCCUAUACCCGAGACAGAGGAGGAGGCCAGAGAAAUCAUUCGUCGAUGGGAGAGCGCCUCUGAGCAAAUUCGUGAUGACGAACUUGUUAGCGAUAGCGUGGCGCAGCACAUGCUUGAUGACAAAACACACUUGGCAGAUGAAUUGUGGGAAGGCUCGGAGGAGGAGGAAUUGAACGCAUACGUCUCGGAAUUGCUGUAUAUUCAUUCCAAAUUGAUGAUCGUCGACGAUACCAGAGUCAUCAUGGGAUCUGCUAAUAUCAAUGACAGAAGUCAGAAGGGUGACGGUGACUCGGAAAUUGCACUCGUGGUGGAAGACACCGACAUGAUCGAAUCUACGAUGAACGGACAACGUGUCAUGGUUUCGAGAUUUGCCGCAUCGCUUAGGCGUAAGCUAUUCAGAGAACAUCUUGGUCUUAUCGAACCUCAAUGGCCCCUCCAGAGGUCUAAGGAACCCGACUCGUUCAUGCAUCCUGCUCCUCAUCCUAACGAUGAAGAAUUCCACUUGAGGGAAGAUGACUUGGUGGCUGAUCCGAUUUCAGACGCUACACUUGCUCUGUGGAAUGACACCGCAAAGAAGAACAGAGAAGUGUUUACCGAGUUGUUCCGUCCUGUGCCGUCGAACUUGGUUAGGGACUGGAAGGCUUAUGAGAACUAUGUUCCCAAGGUUAAGACGGGCCAUGUUAUUCCUGGCGUUACCCUAGAGAGGCUCAAGAACCGCCUGUCCGAGGUUAAGGGAGCGUUGGUUGAAUGCCCUUUGGACUUCCUCAUAGAUGACAAGGAAUUCGUUUCCGGUCCGGACUGGGCUGGCUUGAACCCCACGUUGCCUAUCUAUAUUUAGGGGAGAUGAAACGAAUGGUAAGUGAUGAAGAAAUGGUUCAAGUAUACCCUCUCUGUACGUAGUAGCAACAUUGUCAAUACUAGACAUAUCUGUGUGGAUGUCGCUUGGAUUGAGCAGACAGUGGUUUGGAUUUAUGUACGACACGUCUAUUGGACUUGUUUACUCCUUAGGUGCACUUCUCUUUCCGGAUCCUUUCAACAUACCCAACCUCCAUUUGAAUCGUUGAAACGUUAAUUAAAAUACUAUUUAGCAACCGAAGAAGUUCGUUGAGUGGG